UAUGAGGAAGGAGCAGGAAGCAGUGUAGGAGGCACUGUUGAUGGAAGCGAUGCGAAAGAAGCGGGGACUUUGCUGUUAUGACGAAUCUGCAUGCUGUUCCCCAACGAGGGCGGAACUUCAUGAUAGGUAGAGGAAAAAAUCUGUCUAGAGUACUUCGAAACUCAAAGGUUCGAGCUUUCCUCGAGUGGCCUCUUACAUUUCUCUCUACUUUUCCUAUUGUGCUGCAGGUUCAACAUAUCAGCACUAAGCAACCAGAACGUGUCCCCGUCUCCAUCAGGAAAGCCGAGUGGGCCUUACCGAGAAUUCCUUCUUUUCUCCAAAUUGCAGUCUCGACGAUGGCCAUGGCAGGAUGUCGCGACUUUUCUCGAUCUCGUUCGUAGAGUAUUGCGGAAUUGGGCAGAGGGCAUAACGCCGAGGCAAGUACUAGUGCUUCAAGCAGAGAACAAUGCAGGUUUAACGACGAGUCGUGGAAAUAGUACAACACCACGAGGAGCAGCUUCGUCAGGUAGAGGAGCUAACGACAGGCCAGGAACAAGUGGUGGUACAUUUUCUACACCACGAACACCGCUUCAGCCUGCUGGAGGUGUCGUUUAUUUAUGCCGCUUUCGUAGUAACCUGGUCGGAGUACUUCUGAAUCUAAUCCGUUUGACUUUGUUAUAACUUAGUAGACAAAGCAUCGACGAGUUAGUGUCGGUGUUAAUAGAAUGAAUAUAGAUGGACCGCUCGGGGCAUCAUGUGUGGUAGUUCUAACUCCAGAAACACCGCAACAACGACCCGCGACCUCUACUCCGCGCCAAAGAACGCCACGACAACCUCCAAAAACGACGCCGCGAUUCGUCAAUAGUAAAGAAAAGGCGGACCAUCUACGUCUCAAUCAACAACAUAGUGAGAAAAAUACAAACAAGAUCACCUCAACAUCUACUUCUAGCUAUUAUCAACGCAAAACACCAGGAACCACAGCCACCAAUCAUUUUGGAGGAGCAAGCAGUAAUCACAAUAAUUUCAUCUCCAC